UUUUAUGAGCAUGCGAAGAAUACUGAAGUGUUACAUAAUGACAGCUGUUAACGUGAAAUCUUUGGUGUUUCUCUUUUAAAAACUAUGAUGAUUAGGUAAUUUUUCAUGUCAAGCUACUUGGAAGAUGAUAUAAUUAGGUACCGAUUGCUUAUAGAUGGAGAAGGGAGCGGUGAUGAUAAAAGAAUUAAUAUGUUAAUUAAAAAUAUAAUGAAAUGGCCUUUAACAAACAAAAAAGAUGAAAGAGAUAUUUACUAUGAAAAAGUUUUUCUACUAUUUGAACAAUCGCAAUUAUCAUUACUAAAGCUGCAAAAUAUUUUCCAAACUAAUCUUUAUGAUCAAAAAAUAUAUCUAGAACAGUUAAAAGAUAUUGAAAAUAAUACUAAACAUGUGACAAACGAACUUGGGCAAUGUCAAAAUGACUUGAGACUAGCCAAAAUAAUUAAGAAAAACAGAUUAGAAUAUGAUAAAAUUGCCAAAAUAAUUGUAAAACAUCCUGAUAGAAAUGAUAGUAUCAAUAAAUUAAAUAUACUUCAAAAUGAAAUUUCUAAUUUAGAAAAUGAAAAACAACUUUUAGAUGACAAAUUUUCUUCACUUAAAAAACAAUUUUCAACUUUUUUAUAUCUUGGGUAUGACUUGUAUACAAUGCUUAGAAAUGACACUAAUAUUGAGAUGGUUAAUGAUGAAAGCAAUGUUAAUGAAAAAAGUGAUAAAGAAAUGGACAUUGAUGCAUCUCAUAAUAAAUAAUUUAAUAGAUUACAAUAUUGUGCUAUAGAAAUAAAAAUGAUUUAAUUCACAAUUAUAUUAGAUUUUAAGGGUUGAUUCAGUGGAGGACUUGUCAUAAUACUAAGUUAGCAUUCUACCCUUAGGGCCAUGUGAAAAUGAUAAAUAUUUGAGGCUGAUCUGAAAUUUUUAUCUUAUAAAUAUACUUUUUUUACUUAUUUAUAUUUUAUAAAAUUAUUUUAAAUAUAUUUCCUUUUUUAACAUUUAGAUAUAUUAUUCAAAAAUGAAAACAAAUCAAAUA